GAGCAAGCCCGGGCCGGCCGGGACCCGGCGAGCAAAUCCCCGGCGCGAGCGAGGCGGCGAAGCGGAGGGCCAGCCCGGCAGAUUUGUUUUCCGUCUGCGGCACGGCUCGGCGCGUCCCAAUUCACCGCAGAACAAAGUGGGCAGCUGCGGCUCCGCCGGGGCGGCGGGGACGGCUGCCAGCAACGCGCCGGCGGCCGGCACGGCCCCGCUGCAGCCCCGGCGACGUCGGGCCGGCUUUCCUGCGCUACGUCCUGAUGCCGCGCCGAGCCUCGCCGGGUGGAGGGGAGAUGCGCUGAGGUGGGGCAGGUCUCAGCUCCGGGGCCCCCGCACCGCCCCGCCAUGGAGGAAGGGGCGUCCCUGCCGGUGGCCGCGUGGCUGGCGGCCCUCCACCUGGACCAGUACGUGGACAGCUUCGAGCGGAACGAGCUGUGGACCGUGGCCGACUGCCGGGCCGUGACGGACGACGUCCUCACCCGCAUCGGCGUGGUGCUGCCGGGCCACCGCAAGCGCAUCCUCUUGGGCCUCCAGAAAGCCUUCGCGGAGGUCUCCCUGCCCGCCGAGGCGCCCGAGCCCCCCGUGAGGAAGCCCAUGCCCAUGAAACGCCACAUUUUCCGGCUGGGCGCGGGCACCGCGGCGGUGCCGGGGGAGCAGGAGGCCACGGGCGACGCAGCCGCCCCGGCCACCGGACGGUCUCUGCUGCCGGAGCCGGAGGAUGCCACGAGCUUCGUCCAGCUGCCCCCGCCCAUCCCGCCCAGGGUGGGCUGCCGCCCCCCCGUCAAAUUCUCCCCACCGGUGACUAUGGGCAGCCCUGACCCCCCGCCGAUGCCCCCCAGCCGCCCCGAGCCGCCCCCUCCCCGCACGCCCGCCCUGGAGCUGCCGCCUGCGGCACCCGGCGCCGACAAGCCCGUGCCGGGGCCGGGGCCGGGGCCGGCCGAAAGCAGGGCGAAGCCCCCCGUGCCGCCCUUGCCGGCCAAGCGGCACCAGCUGGAGGCCAAAUGCACGUCCCUGAAGGCCCCGCCGCUGCCGAGCCGCCCGCCGGUGCUGCCGCCGCGAGCCGUGUCCCAGAAGGGGGUCAGCAGCAGCCUUCCCGCUGAGGACGAGCUGCCCGGCCCCGACGGAACGGCCGGCUCCUGCCCGGCCCCGCUCGCCCGCACCGAGCCGCCGCCGGAGCUGCCCGCCAAGCCCGCCCGGCCCUUCGUGCCCGAGUUCGAUGACUCCGACUACGACGACUCCGCCUGGGAGGAGGAACUAGCCGGCCCGGCCGGAGGGAUGGCCGGCAAGGAGGAGGCCGAGAGCGGGACGGGGCGGCCGCGCUCCCUGCGCGCCAACAGCCUCUUCAGCGAGGACGAGCUCAUCGAGGACUACUACGAUGCACCGCCUGCCAGCCAACGCAGUGGCCGCAGCGACGCCGGCGCGCACGGGGACGCCGCGGAGGGCCCGGCCGCCGCGCAGCUCUCGCCCGUCAUCAAAGCCGGGUGGCUGGACAAGACCCCGCCGCAGGGGUCCUACAUCUACCAGAAGCGCUGGGUGAAGCUGGACGCCGACUACCUCCGCUAUUUCGACAGUGAGAAGGAUGCCUACUCCAAGCGGUUCAUCCCCGUGUCCUCCAUCUCCCGCGUAGCCAGCGUUGGGGACCAGAAGUUCGAGGUCAUCACCAACAACCGCAACUUCGUGUUUCGGGCCGAGAGCGACGCGGAUCGCAACGAGUGGAUCCGGACCCUGCAGCAGAUCACGGAGGAGCGGAGGAGCAAGGCCCAGGAGAGGAUGUCCAUGGUCCAGACGGCCAACGGCACCAUGGACUUGGUGGACAAGAGCGGCUUCCUGGAGCUGCGGGGCUUUAAGAACAAGCUGUUCGUGGCGGUGGCAGGGGACAAAGUUUUCCUCUACAAGAACUCAGAGGACUACCGGCUGGGCAUCGGGAUCACCUACAUCGAGAUGAACGUGGGGAACGUCAAGGAGGUGGACCGCAGGGGCUUCGACCUCACGACGCCUUACCGCAUCUUCAGCUUCUCCGCCGACUCCGACCAGGAGAAGGAGGAGUGGGUGGAGGCCAUGCAGCAGUCCAUCGCCGCGGCCCUCUCCAACUCGGAGGUGGCGGAGAAGAUCUGGGCGGCGGAGCCCAACCGCCGCUGCGCCGACUGCGGGUCGCCCAAGCCCGACUGGGCCUCCAUCAACCUCUGCGUCGUCAUCUGCAAGAGAUGUGCAGGCGAGCACCGGGGCCUGGGCCCCAGCAUCUCCAAGGUCCGCAGCCUGAAGAUGGACAGGAAGGUGUGGACGGAGCAGCUCAUCGAGCUCUUCCACCGCAUCGGCAACGCCGUGGCCAACCAGUUCUGGGCCGCCAACGUGCCGCCCAGCGAGGCCAUCACGGCGGCGAGCGGCAGCGAGGAGAGGCGUCGCUUCCUGGUCGCCAAGUACCGGGAGGGCAAGUACCGCCGCUACCACCCGCUCUUCGGCAACCAGGAGGAGCUCGACAGGGCCCUGUGCGCCGCCGUGACCACGGGGGACCUGGCGGAGACGCAGGCGCUGCUCUUCUGCGGGGCGGCGGUGAGCUGCGCCACGGGGGACCCCGGCUGCCCCUCGCCCCUGGCCCUGGCCGAGCGCAGCGGCCAGCGGCUCCAGAUGGAGUUCCUGCUCCACAACCAGACCUCAGAGACGCCGCGCCUGGAGGCGGGCAGCAGCGGGGAGAAGCACUACUCGGUGCUGCUGCCCUCCGUCGCCCACCACGGCUUCCUCUACAAGACGCCCUCCAUGGUCAAGCCCGUGGGCGAGCGGAAGGGGCUGGAAGAGUUCAGCCGCCGCUGGUGCACGCUGCAGGACGGCGUCUUCAGCUACUACGAGAACGACCGCAACGCCGUGCCCAACGGCGAGAUCAGGGCGGAGGAGAUCGUGUGCCUGGUGAACAACCCGCCCCACGCCCACGGGAUCGAGAGCACGUUCGAGGUUUACAUCGAGUCGGAGCGGCUCUACCUGUUCGGGCUGGACAGCCCCGAGGCCGUUCGGGAAUGGCUCAAGUCCCUGGCUAAGUCCUUCGUGCCGGCCCGGGCGGAGGAGCUGCUGAGCCACGACUUCGAGCGGAUCGGCCGGCUGCACUACAAGGGUGGCCUCAACCUGGAGCGGGCCAAGGAGGGCUGGUUCGCCCUCGCCGGCUCCACGCUGCACGUCUGCUUCGGGGACGGCGACCGCGAGGAGCCUCUCCAGCUGCGCAAGCUGCAGGAGCUCUCCAUCCAAGGAGACAACGAGGUGCUGGUGCUGGUGGAGAGACGGAGGACGCUGUACCUCCAGGGCGAGAGGAAGCUGGACUUCCUGGGCUGGGUGCAGGCCAUCCGCCGGGCAGCGGGCAGCGCCGGCGACACCUUGUCCGAGCAGCAGCUCACCGAGGCCGACGUCCCGCUGCUGGUGGACCGGUGCAUCGACUACAUCACGCAGUGCGGGCUGACCUCCGAGGGCAUCUACCGCAAGAGCGGGCAGAACUCCAAGACCACGGGGCUGCUGGAGAUGCUGCGGCGGGACGCCCGCAGCGUGCGCCUCAAGGAGGGCGAGCACCAGGUGGACGACGUCUCCAACACCCUCAAGCGCUUCUUCCGCGACCUCGGCGACGGGCUCUUCACCAAGCGCUGGAGCCAGGACUGGCUGCGGGCCACGGCGCUGGAGGACGAGGAGGCCAAGAUCGGCGAGUACCGGCGGCUCCUGGACAACCUGCCCACGGUGAACAGGGCCACGCUGAAGGCCCUCAUCAACCACCUCUUCCGGGUCCAGCGCUUCUCCGGGGACAACCAGAUGAACACGCACAACCUGGCCAUCGUCUUCGGGCCCACGCUCUUCCAGACGGACGGGAAGGACUACAAGGCGGGCCGCGUGGUGGAGGACCUCAUCAACCACUACGUGAAGAUCUUUAACGUCAACGACCAGGAGAUGAAGAAGCAGCAGGACGAGAUCACAGCCAUCAUGAAGAUGCGGGAGGCGGCGUCCAGCGGGACGCAGCAAGCCGGGGACUUCAUCUGCACCGUGUACCUGGAGGAGAAGAAGACGGAGGCAGAGCAGCACGUCAAGAUCCCGGCGACGAUGACAGCCGAGGAGCUGACCUUCGAGAUCCUGGACCGGAGGAAAAUCGUCAUGAAGGAGAAGGACUACUGGAGCUGCUUCGAAGUGAACGAGAGGGAGGAGGCAGAGCGGCCCUUGCACUACUCGGAGAAGGUCCUGCCCAUUUUGCACGGCCUGGGGACGGAGAGCUACCUGGUGGUGAAGAAGCAGAUGUCCAUGGAGAACAUGCUCAUCUACCUCGCCAGCAGAGUCGGCGACUGCAAACACGGCAUGAUGAAGUUUCGGGAGGAGAGGAACCUGCUGGGGCUCGGCGUGAGCACGGGCUUCCACGACCGCUACUUCAUCCUCAACCACAGCUGCCUGCGGCUCUACAAGGAAGUGCGGAGCCUGAAGCAGCGGACCCCCCCCUUGGAGAGCGUAAGUAGAGCUGAGCACAGCCCGGCGAGUGUGCGGGGGCUCCCGGCACCCACCGCCCUUACAAGUCUGCCCAGGGUCCAUCCCAAAUCCAAGCCCGAAAGCCGCUGGCCCGGCUGCACGUCGGCGUCCCGCAGGUGUUGGACCGGGCUCUUGUAAGACCCGCCGCUUGCACGCGACCGCAGGGCUUGCUGCAGGCUUGCACCCGCGGCGCGGCAGCACGGGGAGGUGUGCCGGCGGCUCAGCCCCCCCUCUGCUCAUCGCUGCCGAUGGGUCGAGCCUGGACCCGCUCCCCGGCCCCGGGGUGCCGCAGGGCUGAUGAGAGGACCUGGGGCUGGCGAUGGGCCUGGGAAGCGCUGCUUUCCCUGCAUCCCUCCUUUCUGGAGGUGACCGUAAAUGGCUCCGUUUGGGGCAGUAUUGGUGCAAGAAAACGCUACGAAGCUCCGCUGCGAGGCACGGACGGGAGCUGCGGGCAGGGGCAGCCGCGAUGUCCCCGCGGCCGGGCAGGCUGCGAACGGGCUCAGCGCCUGCCGAUUAAGCCCCCGAGUCCCAACCCGGUCCCGAGCGUGAGCCGGGCGUUAGGCAUCUCCCCGGCCUGCAGGCGAGGGCCGCGGGGCCGCUGUCGAGGUGCACGGGUGGAUGCACGGGAACGGGCACCGCUCGGCCACGCGGGCUGGUACCCAGACGUGCCGCUGCCCGCCUGCAGCCCCGAGCAUCCCACCGCCGUGUGACGUUGGUGGGACAUGCCGCGCUGCUGCCAGCGUUGCUCACUCUGCACCUGGCCGUGUGUGCUUUGCUUUGCUGCAGGCGUGGGGCUGCUCGGUGCUCAGCCCCCCAUGCUCAGCUGCUCUGCAAGCGUGCAUUGCCUUUCCGCGGGCAUGGGGCUGGCCAGCACCCAGCGCCCCACACUUGUCUGCUCUGCGAGUGUGCAUUGCCUUUCUGAAGGCAUGGGGCUGGCCAGCACCCAGCACCCCACACUUGCCUGCUCUGCGAGCAUGCAUUGCCCUUCCGUGGGCAUGGGGAUGGCCAGCACCCAGCACCCCACGCUUGGCUGCUCUGCGAGCAUGCAGUGCCUUUCUGAAGGCAUGGGGCUGGCCAGCACUCAGUGCCCCACACUCGGCUGCUUUGCAAGCAUGCAGUGCCUUUCCGCGGGCAUGGGGCUGGCCAGGACCCGGCACCCCAUGCUCAGCUGCUCUCCAGCGCCUGGCACCCCAUGCUCGGCUGCUCUGUGAGUGUGCAUUGCCUUUCAAUGGGCAUGGGGCUGGCCAGCACCCAGCGCCCCACACUUGUCUGCUCUGCGAGCAUGCAGUGCCUUUCCGCGGGCAUGGGGCUGGCCAGGACCCGGCACCCCAUGCUCAGCUGCUCUCCAGCACCUGGCACCCCAUGCUCGGCUGCUUUGCGAGCACGCAGUGCCUCUCCGCUGGUGCCCGGCUGCAGGAGUGCAGCCCAGAGCCGGCCCGGACACCCUGGUGCUGCUCAGAGCCCAGCUGCACGCGACGUUCAGCUCUGAGCCUGCUCUUCCCCGCGUGCUCUGGCUGCUCUUACCCUGCGCACGGAGGCAGGGGUAGGAGCGGUGCCGGUGGCCGCGUGGGGCGCAGGGAUGUGGGGCACGUGCUGUCCCCGGGCCGGAGCAAAGCGCUGCGCCUCCACCGUGCCCCGAGCAGCCGGCUGCGGUGACGGGCUUGGCGGUGCCGGUGGCCCCGCAGCCACCCAACGCCUCGCCGG